GGUAUUACUGGUAACUCAUGUGUGACCCUCACUGGUGUUGACUGGGACCAGGGUGGGCUUCAGGAGGAGGAGGAGGAGGAGGAGGAGGAGGAGGAAGGCUUGUGUUGUGAUGGGACUACAAAUCCGUUAGCGGCCACAGCCUCCUCCUCUUCCAUCAUGGCUCCGUCGGUGGACAGGCAAGGAUACUGGGGACGGCCGACCUCCACCCUGGACUGGUGUGAAGAAAACUACCUGGUCUCCUUCUACAUCGCAGAAUUCUGGAAUACAGUCAGCAACCUCAUCAUGAUUAUUCCUCCUAUUUAUGGAGCUAUCCAGACAUUCCGAGACGGCCUGGAAAGUCGCUACAUCUGCUCAUUUCUGGGACUGGCAGCUGUUGGCGUUGGUUCCUGGUGCUUUCACAUGACGCUGCUCUAUGAGAUGCAGUUACUGGACGAGUUGCCGAUGAUUUACAGUACAUGCGUCUUCGUCUACUGUCUAUAUGAAUGCUUCAAACAGGAGAACACCAUCAGUUUACUGACUGUUGCAUUACUGUUAUUCUUCAGUGUGUCAGUUAGUGUGGUGUACUUACAGUGGAAAGAGCCAGUGUUUCACCAGGUCAUGUAUGGUGCUCUCGUAGCCUGCCUGGUGAUGCGAUCUAUUUUCAUUGUUACCUGGGUGUACCCCUGGCUGAGGCCUCUGUGUUACACCUCCUUAGGCGUCUUCAUGUUAGGAUUUCUACUGUGGAACAUCGACAACAUAUUCUGUGACUCAUUAAGAGCCAGUAGACAAACACUGCCCUCUGGUGUUGGAGUUGUGACACAGUUCCAUGCUUGGUGGCACAUUUUCACAGGCCUGGGGUCGUACCUGCACAUACUUCUGAGCCUCCAAAUCAGGUCAACCUACCUCAAGUACAGACCAAAAGUAAAGAAGACCAGCUGAGAAGAAAGGGCGGAGCAGCUGACGGACGGUGACUGCCACGCCCAGACUCCACUGGCACCGGGACCUGCCGGCGCCCCUCUGCCCCUGCUGGGACCUCCGCCCACAGCCGGGGGCCAGGCGGACCCCAGGGCACCACCCCAGGGACCCUUCGGUUCUGAACUGUGGGGAUUUGAUAAGUACAGUAUAGCACUGAGACCAGUUUUAAGAAACGACAGAUUUCUUUUGUCUUCAACCAUAAUUUAUUAGUUUUAGCUUUAGUUUUUUGAAGUGUAAUUUUUUUCUCUUCUCAUUAAUUUUUUUAAAUGCAGUUUUUAUGUGUAAUAAUCCACGGCGGAUGUAGAUAUAAGUGUUAAUAAGGUUUGAGAAAAGGGAAAAUAGUGUCAUAAAUCAAAGUUCAUGUUAUCAUAGUUGUAUGUUAGAUUCUGUGGAUAUUUAAACCUCUUGAACCUUUAGAUAAUUACAUACAGUAGAUCCCUAAAUUAAUCUGACUCUAUUACUGGUGUGUACUUCUAUAAGCUGCAGAUGGAGUUUUAAUUAGGAAAUAGUACUGUUCAUCGUUUUUGGAUGUUCAUAUUAACAUACAGGAUAGUAACCAUCACCUAUUGUACUACUGUAAAAUCCUCUCCAUUUGCUUGGCCACAGGCUCCUUUUUUACUUGACAUUUUACUCUAAAACAUGCCAGGACUGAUUUUUAAUGUCAUGUUAUUGCCAAAGUUGCUGUUUUAAUCACAUUCGUCUGCGUGAGCCAUGUUUUUGUUAAUCCUCAGUCAAAGUAAGCAAAAAAAUACAGCGCUUCAAUGUAAUUUUGUUACAUAAAAUCACUGCACAAACUUCCAAGUUCAUAGAGAAAGAUCAGCCUCAAGUGUCAAGUUUCUGUGGACUUGGAAGAAGCUUUCACAGUCUUUAAUGUGAUACUUCUCGAAAACCUGCUCCGUCACGGAGUCAAUUUCAAGAUCCUUCUUGAAGAUACAGAUUUUAGUCUUAGUGUCACCUUAAACUGUUGACUUGAAUUCAUCAGUGCAUUUUCAUGAGAUGUGUCUUUCGUACCAUCUCGUCUGUGAACAUUUAGUUGCGAAUCGACCAGUAUUUUGGACAAGAAAUGAAACCUGCAGAAACACUGGAAAUGCACAGGUUACGUCAUACUCAUACGUUUGUAGAGAAGUGAGUUUUAAUGCAGGUUUAGAAACCAGCGCAGGUGUUUUCCUGGCAGAGGUGGUGGUACACUUGCAAUGUGUACUGUGAAGAAUAUUUUAGGAGUUUUAAUAACUACAUGACUGAAGAAAAUUAGAGCUAUUAGAAUAGCUUUUAUGAUGUAUAUACUUACUGUGAUCACAGAUUUACAGGUCUGUUUUCACCCUUAAAAUGUCCACAAACAGGAUCAUUUAUUGGGUUCUUGAAGAUGAGCAGUUCUACUCCAGUAGCAGUAAAGAAAUUCUUGUAUUUGGUCAAAGACAAGUUACAAAAUAACAGAAAUUAACUGGAAAUGAAUAAGAAAAUGUUUUCCAUCAAGAUCCCAUCAGAGUUUUUUGGAACCAUUUGCUAAUUCUCUAGAAAAACCUGGACAAUAGGUAUGUUUACAUGCACAUUAAUAUUCCAGUUUUAUUAUUCUGAAUUUGACCAGUGUCAUGUAAACGACAUAUUCUGACUGAAUAUUUGGAGUUAUUUUUUCUAAAUGGAACCUUUUCCUAAGUCCUAUGCUGAUAUUAUUCUGCUUAUGUAAUAAUUAUUUGGAUGUGUUUAUAAGAAAUGAAGAAAACUUGUCUGAUUUUCAUGUUUUACUGUAGGUUGCAACUUAAAGCCCUGUUUACACUACAUUUCAGUUCUCUUUAACAUUAUGACUGACAUUUCACAGAUGGUAUUUGAAGGAAUGAAAGCGAGAGGAUGAGUUCACACUGGGAAAAAAAAAAAAAAGUACAAUACUGUGCAAAAGUCUUAUUCCACCUUUGUCUUUACUCUUUUUAGGGAUGAAAUGGUCGUACAUAUU